GAGAACAAAGUGUAGGCUUUUAUAUAAUUAAGGAAAACCUGAUGACAUUAGCAGGAUUCUUUUAGUUCUCCCAUUCAUUAUAUAUAGGGACAUUGUGAUUUUGGUGCAAGGAAGCAAUUUCAGCAAAACCACAAAGUCCCUAUUUGGGGAAGUGUUUCCAAAUAACGCAAAAGAUGCACAGCUUUCCAAGAUGGAUGAAGAAAAAUUUGCAGAUGAUUUCCGGACAUAUAAAGUCUCAACAAUUUCAUCCGAAGUCAACAAGAUGGCAAUCAAUUUUUCAAAGGAUAAUUUCACCCAUGACUUUCUCUUGUUCCCGUGUGGUGCUGAUACUAGACAAUGGGAAUAUUUUGGUGGAAAAUGUUACUACUUUUCCCUGAAGACAGUUCCUUGGAAUGAAGCCAAGGCAGACUGUGAACCCAAACAGUCACGGUUGGCCAUCAUUGAUAAUCUUGGAAAACAGAAUUUCAUACAGACUCGGACCAGAAAUGAACGUUAUUGGAUUGGUCUCCAUGACCAACAUACAGAAGGAGAUUGGAAAUGGUUGGAUGGCAGUAAUUACAGAAAUGGCUUUCAGAAUUGGAAGAGUGGUGAACCCAACUUUUACCAGCGUGAUGAGGAGGACUGUGCCCAAGUUUCGCUUAAUGGUGAAUGGAAUGCUUACAACUGCUUAUCCGACAUCUUUUACAUCUGUGAAAAGUCCAGACCGAGCACACCCAAAGCUACCUCAAAGCGGCCCUGAGCCUUGAAGCAAAAUGUCUAGAUAGCAAUUUGGGAGGAAAGACUGCAGCCCUCGCAUCUGACAAAGAAGCACUACACUUUUGUUAGAUAAAGAUCUCGAUUUAACAUGGAAACAGUACCAUAUUGGUAGCUCUGGAUUAUCUGGCAAUUUCUGUAGCUAAAUCAAAUUAUGUAUGUAAAUUUUCUAAGCAAAUGUUUCCUGCAAUCUGGAGGAACCAAAUACUAAUCUAUCCCAGAAAUCAUUACAUAAGGGAGAUAAAUUUAAUGCCAUUGGGCAUAAUAUAAAUGUUCUUGCUAUUGCUAUGUCAUUAUACGAGUCACUGAAUAAUGUGAAAAUAUUAAACUAUUUUAAAAAAUCA